CUGAUUGAGUAAACGAUAUAUAUAUUCAUAGUUGAUGUCGUUUUCUUGGCGUUGUUUGCGUGCCGUAAAAUUUUCUAUUGUAAAUUGGCAGAAAAAUCUGCUUUCUUUUGCUUGAAAAAUAUCGCAAAAGUCUCCUUGGCAAAGAGGUAAUUGCUGUGAAGGUGGAAAUUACCUCGCGGCUCAACUCUCGAGUACUCAAAUUCGCAACUCACGAAAGUGUCUGAAGCCGGAAUUGGCGGGUGAAGAAAUUUUGUUGAUCCAGCAAUUACAGGACAAACCACAAUGGGUGACCGUGGAGACGGGGCUGAAUCUUUUGAUGACGCCGUCGAGGAGAGGGUAAUCAAUGAAGAGUACAAGAUAUGGAAGAAGAAUACCCCCUUCCUCUAUGAUCUGGUAAUGACCCAUGCACUGGAGUGGCCCUCACUUACGGCUCAAUGGCUUCCGGACGUAACGAAGCCGGAAGGGAAGGAUUAUUCCGUGCAUCGCCUCAUCCUUGGUACUCACACUUCCGACGAGCAGAACCACCUCCUAAUUGCGAGUGUUCAGUUGCCAAAUGAGGACGCGCAGUUCGAUGCGAGUCACUAUGAUAACGAGAAAGGUGAAUUUGGAGGCUUUGGCUCCGUUUCUGGCAAGAUUGAGAUUGAAAUAAAGAUCAAUCACGAGGGUGAGGUCAACAGGGCACGCUAUAUGCCCCAGAACCCUUGUGUCAUUGCCACGAAGACUCCCUCGAGCGAUGUCCUCGUGUUUGACUACACCAAACACCCCAGCAAGCCCGAACCAAGCGGUGAAUGUCAUCCAGAUUUGAGACUCCGUGGACACCAAAAGGAGGGCUAUGGAUUGUCGUGGAAUCCCAAUCUCAAUGGGUACCUCCUUUCCGCAAGCGAUGAUCAUACAAUCUGUCUUUGGGACAUUAAUGCAACACCCAAAGAACAUCGAAUUAUCGAUGCAAAGAACAUCUUCACAGGCCACACUGCUGUGGUGGAAGAUGUAGCAUGGCAUCUUCUGCACGAAUCACUCUUUGGAUCCGUGGCUGACGACCAGAAACUCAUGAUUUGGGAUACGCGAUGCAACAACACGUCCAAGCCAUCCCACACUGUGGAUGCACACACAGCUGAAGUUAAUUGCUUGAGUUUCAAUCCCUAUUCCGAAUUCAUUUUGGCUACGGGAUCUGCUGACAAAACGGUGGCUCUGUGGGAUUUACGUAAUCUCAAACUAAAGCUUCACUCAUUCGAAUCGCACAAGGAUGAAAUCUUCCAGGUUCAGUGGUCACCUCACAAUGAAACCAUUCUAGCAUCUAGUGGCACUGAUCGAAGGCUCCACGUCUGGGAUUUGUCAAAGAUUGGCGAAGAGCAGAGCAGCGAAGACGCUGAGGAUGGUCCACCAGAACUUCUCUUCAUACACGGCGGACACACAGCCAAGAUCUCAGACUUUUCGUGGAAUCCUAAUGAACCGUGGGUGAUUUGCUCCGUGUCCGAGGAUAACAUAAUGCAAGUGUGGCAAAUGGCUGAAAAUAUCUACAAUGAUGAGGAGCCCGAGGUACCAGCUGGUGAUCUCGAAGCUCCCACAGCAUAAGUUGGGGUACUUUCACUCAUUCACAUGCUAUGUAUUGUCAGCAUUUUUAGCAUUAAUUCUUAAUUCACAUUUCAUCAAAAGCAAAAAAAAAGAGAAGGAAACGUGCGGAGUUGAGUUAAAAAAAAAUUGAGAUGGUUCGUUUAGUUCUUUACUAUAUUUUAUCAAUUCUUUCCAAAUAAAUAUUGACACGAUUUCAUGGAGA